AUGGAAGAGACAUUCGUGCCAUUCCAGGGGAUAACCAAUGAUCUCAAAGGCAGGUUGCUCUGUUACAAGCAAGACUGGACUGGUGGCUUCAGUGCUGGUUUCAGGAUAUUGGCACCCACCACCUACAUAUUCUUUGCCUCAGCUAUUCCAGUCAUCUCCUUUGGUGAACAGCUUGAAAGAAACACAGAUGGAGUUCUCACGGCCGUUCAAACGCUGGCUUCCACUGCGCUAUGCGGUAUCAUACACUCUAUAAUAGGAGGCCAACCUUUGCUGAUACUUGGAGUUGCAGAGCCUACCGUGAUUAUGUACACCUUCAUGUUCAACUUUGCCAAACAAAGACCUGAUUUGGGUCCCAAUCUGUUUCUCGCGUGGACCGGCUGGGUGUGUGUCUGGACAGCAAUCCUGCUCUUCAUAUUGGCCGUGUUAGGAGCCUGUUCCAUUAUCAACAGGUUCACUCGUGUGGCCGGUGAAUUAUUUGGAAUGCUGAUUGCAAUGCUCUUCAUGCAGCAAGCCAUCAAGGGACUUGUGGAAGAGUUUCGCGUGCCAAAGCGAGAGGAUAAGAAUUCCAUAGAGUUCAUUCCUUCAUGGAGGUUUGCUAAUGGGAUGUUUGCCUUGGUUUUGUCGUUUGGCCUCUUAUUGACUGCAUUGAAAAGCCGAAAAGCUAGGUCUUGGAGAUAUGGCACUGGAUGGCUUAGAAGCCUUGUAGCUGACUAUGGAGUGCCACUUAUGGUUCUAGCCUGGACAGCCAUUUCCUACAUUCCAGCUGCAAGUGUUCCACCAGGGAUUCCUCGACGACUCUUAAGCCCCAAUCCUUGGUCGCCCGGCGCCUACCAGAAUUGGACUGUCAUCAAGGAAAUGCUUGAUGUGCCUGUAAUCUACAUAUUCGGAGCAUUCAUUCCAGCAACAAUGAUUGCGGUGCUGUACUAUUUCGAUCACAGCGUGGCGUCUCAACUUGCUCAGCAAAAAGAGUUCAACUUGCGAAAGCCGCCUUCUUUCCAUUAUGAUUUACUGCUUUUGGGAUUCUUGACAUUAAUGUGCGGCCUACUCGGUAUCCCACCUUCGAAUGGUGUCAUUCCACAGUCACCAAUGCAUACUAAGAGUCUUGCUACUCUUAAACACCAGCUGCUUAGAAACCGGCUUGUUGCCACGGCCAGGCAGAGUAUGAGAAAAAAUUCAAGCUUGGGACAACUGUAUGGAAAUAUGCAAGAAGCAUAUCAACAAAUGCAGACUCCUUUAAUUUACCAGCAAUCCUCAGCUCGGGGAUUGAAUGAGCUAAAAGAGUCCACCAUUCAAUUGGCAUCAGGCAUGGGACAACACAUCGAUGCCCCAGUCGAUGAGACAGUGUUUGAUGUUGAGAAGGAAAUUGAUGAUCUGUUACCUAUUGAAGUGAAAGAGCAGCGUGUUAGUAAUUUUCUUCAAGCUAUUAUGGUAGGAGGAUGCGUUGCUGCAAUGCCUGGCCUGAGAAUGAUUCCAACCUCAGUCCUCUGGGGUUACUUUGCUUUCAUGGCCAUUGAAAGUCUACCUGGUAACCAGUUCUGGGAAAGAAUACUACUCCUUUUCACUGCCCCAAGCAGGCGCUACAAGGUGUUGGAAGACUAUCAUGCUACAUUUGUAGAGACGGUGCCAUUCAAGACAAUUGCAACAUUCACCAUCUUCCAGACUGCCUACUUGCUCGCUUGUUUUGGUAUAACAUGGGUGCCAAUCGCCGGGGUUCUUUUCCCUUUGUUGAUUAUGCUCCUGGUUCCUGUGAGACAGUACAUAUUGCCAAAGUUUUUCAAGGGAGCACACCUUCAGGACUUAGAUGCAGCAGAAUACGAGGAAACUGUAGCUGUUCCAAUCAACUACACAAUGGAAGGAGAAAUGGUAGGUGGUAGAGCUUCGUGUGCAGAUAGCGGUGCAGAGAUAUUAGAUGAGAUGAUCACGAGAAGCAGAGGUGAGAUCAGAAGGACAUGCAGCUCAAAAAUGACGAGCUCCACGCCAACCACCCCAGCAAAAGAUCCACACAGAUCACUCAUCCAGAGUCCAAGAACAUCUUACUCAGACAAACCAACAUACAGCAGCCCUCAAAUCAGUAGACUAAGAGGAGAGCAGCAGCAACAACAAAGUAGUCCCUUAAGAGGAGGAGGAGGGGCAUUUAGUCCUAGGACUGGAGAAAUAAUAAAACCAUCUCAUUUGGGGAUCAAGAGUCCCCAUAAUUAA